AUGCCUCCGCCAGGCCGCGCGGUGGCGCUGCAGCUCCGCGAGGCCCGGGUGGUUCUGGGGUUCAGGGGCGCGCAGGCUUCUGGGGACCCUAGAGCUGCGGCGGCGACGCGCGGGGCUGCCGCGGCUCUCCCACCUGUCACCCUGGCCCUUCUCUGCUUGGACGGCGUCUUCCUCUCCGCAGCCGAGAAUGACUUCGUGCAGCGCAUCCAGGAGGAGCUGGACCGCUUCCUGCUACAGAAGCAGCUGUCAAAGGUCCUCCUCUUUCCCCCACUCUCCAGUCGGCUCCGGUACCUGAUCCACAGGACAGCAGAGAAUUUUGACCUUUUGAGCAGCUUCUCUGUUGGAGAGGGCUGGAGGAGGAGGACGGUCAUCUGUCACCUGGACAUCAGGUUACCCAGUUCAGACGGAUUCUCUGGCUCCUGCCGCCCUCCUGCCUCCCACCCUAGCAAGUACCGAGGUCCUCGGCCCACUGCAAGCCAGGGAGCGGCUGCUGGUCUCCGAGGGGCGAGGGCCGGCCGGUGGCAUCGUGGACGCAAGCCGGACCAGGCCUUGUAUGUGCCCCGGGUGCUGCGCCGGCAGGAAGAAGGAGCGCCGCCCCCUCCUGCAGAGCUCCAGGGAGAUGCUCCAGCUGGCAGGCUCUCAGAAGAACCAGGAGAUACUGGUCCUGGGAAGCCCACUGCCGAUCAGGAACUUCCCGUGUCGGUGACUCAGGCAACAGAGGACCAAAAAGGCCCUGGUCAAGGCUGUGAGAAAGAGUCGCUGCCGGACCCAUUGGCUGCUGAACCCUCGGGGCCUGAGAGCCACGCAGGGACCGGAGACAGGCCGGAGUCAGUCGCACAGCCGGAGGCCGGGCGGCAGCUGGACUUGGAGGAGGGAAAUGGGACUGAGCUGGAGAGGAGCCUGGCGGCGGAGGAGGAAGUGGAAGAGGAAGAGGCGGAAGAAGAGGGGCCCGGCAGCUGCUCCGAGGCCGACUUCAGUGAACUGCUGCAGGAGAUAACGAACAACCUGACUGAGAAGGAGAUUCAGGUAGAGAAGAUCCACGUGGACACAUCAUCCUUUGUAGACGAGCUGCCUGGAGAGAAGGAUUUUGCACACGUGGUGGAGAUAUAUGACUUUGAGCCGGUGCUCAAGACUGAGGACCUGCUGUCUACCUUCUCUGAGUUCCAAGAGAAGGGGUUCAAGAUCCAGUGGGUGGAUGACACGCAUGCGCUUGGCGUCUUCCCCUGCCCGGCUUCAGCCGCCGAGGCCCUGACCAGGGAUUUCUCCAUACUGAAGAUCCGGCCCCUGACCCAGGGAGCCAGGCAGUCCAAGCUGAAGGCCCUGCAGAGGCCAAAGCUCCUGCAUCUGGCGAAGGAGAGACCACAGACAAAUACAGCUGUGGCCCGGAGGCUGGUGGCCCGGGCCCUGGGGCUCCAACACAGAAAGAAGGAGCGGCCUGCAGUGGAGCCUCCUGCCGCUCUGAGGCCCUGAGAGGCCCAGCCCUCCUGGAUUGAGCUCCCCAACCCAGCUCGGGCCCCAACACCACAAGCCUUUACACACACCGGAGCAGCCCUGAGCCAUCCUUGGAGCAUCGCUAUGAGGCGUGGUGGGCUUUAGUUUGGUCUAGUUUCUGAAGCUAAGCAAAAAAUAAAAAUGGAAGAAUUUUAA